AUGAGCCAAAAAUUGAACUCAGGCAGCACUUACACAACAAUCAAGUGGACGGACAGCGUGUUCCUCAACAUGUUGGGGGUGAUACUUUUUGGUCUGACACUUUUCAUUCUUCUUUAUUGCGUGGGAAAAAAAGAACCUGCCCACUUCCCACCAGGACCCUUUGCCCUGCCUCUCUUCGGGAACGUCUUUAACAUUGCCGUAAAGCAGCCUCACUUGUAUCUGACUCAGUUAGCCGACACAUACGGGAAUGUCUACUGUCUCCGAGUGGGACAAGAGAAGACGGUGUUUGUGUGCGGAUGGAAGAUGGUGAAGGAAGUCCUCGUCACCCAGGCCGACACUUUCGCGGACAGGCCAUACCAAGCCUUGUAUGCAAGACUGUACAAUCAACACACAGGUGGGCUUUUGUGCAGCAACGGCAAGACGUGGAGGAGGCAGCGUCACUUCGCCAUGGGCACUCUUCGCACCUUUGGUCUGGCCAACGGAACUGUGGAGAAAAGCAUCUGCCAGGAGAGCCGACACCUACAUCAAGCCAUCACCCACCACAAAGGUCAAGCAUUUAAUCCCGCGACCGUCUUAAACAGCGCGGUGGCCAACAUAAUCUGCCAGGUCAUGUUUGGGAAAAGGUUCGACUAUAACGACCUCAACUUGCGUCAACUUCACACAAUGAUGACUGAGAUGGUCUAUCUUGAAGGUUCUGUGUGGGCCCUGAUCUACGAUGCCUUCCCAACGUUGAUGAAGCAUCUACCUGGCCCACAUAACAGAAUCUUCACCAACUUCCAAGCCUUGCAAGAGUUCAUCGGCACCCAGAUAAAGAGCCACCAAUUAGAUUUGGAUCCUGACAACCCACGAGAUUACAUUGAUACCUUCCUGCUGCAGAUCAAAGACAAAGAAAACCGUGAACUAGGUUUCACGGAAGAAAAUCUGGUUUUAUGCUGUCUGGAUCUAUUCAUCGCCGGGACAGAGACUUCUUCUAAAACACUGCAGUGGGGUCUGAUCUUCCUAGUCCAGAACCCUCACAUCCAGGACAAAGUCCAAGCAGAAAUCGAGCAUGUAAUCGGGCCUAACCGCUUCCCAGAGAUGGCCGACAGAGCCCGCAUGCCCUACACUAACGCCGUUAUCCAUGAGAUCCAGCGGAUGGCCAAUAUAGUUCCUCUCAACGGAACCCGAAUGGCCACCAGAGACACGAAACUGGGGGACUACGUCAUACCUAAGGGCAGUACCGUGUUGACCAUCUUGACCUCAGUCCUCUUCGACAAGAACGAAUGGGAAACUCCGCAUACCUUCAACCCCGGACACUUCCUGGAUGCAAAUGGCAAUUUUGUCAAAAGGAAUGCUUUCUUACCUUUUUCCGCAGGAAAACGUACAUGUCUGGGCGAAAGCCUGGCCAGAAUGGAGCUGUUUUUGUUCCUCGUUGGCAUGUUGCAGAAGUUCACCUUCUAUGCUGUGGAAGGAGUCCCGCUGAGAUCCGAGGGAACGGUCGGACUGACGCGUUCGCCGUACCCCUUCGAGAUCCGUGCCGAGGCACGUUAA